CUUCCCCUCCCUUUCUUCCCUAGGGUAACCCUGGGAAGACUGCCUCCCCCUCCAUCUCUCUUUCCAUCACUCCCGUCUCUUCCUUGAUCCUCCAACCCCCUCAGUGAAUGUCCAAGACGCAGGAUCUGGCUGUUCAAAGUCUUGAACAUUCCCCUCUCUCCUCCCCUUCUUCAAGCUCAAAGCAAGCUCUUUCUAGACAACCUUAAUCUCAUAUCCAUGGAUCCAUCCUGCAAGAGGUCCCCUGUCACCUGGAUUCAGUGCAUGGGAUUUACUUUUUUCUUCCUCCAUAUCGUCUCUGUCGAAGCUGAUGGUAAACUGUUUGCCAUUGGAUCCAGGAAUGGUUCUCAAAGUCUGGACUUAGCAAUGGCUCAGCAAUCAUGUGCUGCUGUAGGAGCUCAUUUAGCCAAUGCAGAAGAACUGAGGAGGGCCAUUUGGUAUUGUUCCUUCACUGUGUGCACAAAAGGCUGGCUGGCUGAUGGCACCAUUGGGACAACGGUAUGCAACAGGACAGGCAGCAAGGCACAGAGUGUGAAAGUCAUUGAUGUCCAAAUCGAAAUGGAUCCUUCUCCAAGUGGUAGAUAUGAUGCUUUUUGUGUGAAGGAUAAAGGUCGACCAUGCGGGGAUCCUCCAUCAUUCCCUCACACAGUUCUCCAUGGUCACACUGGGUUUGAAAUGGGAGAUGAACUGCACUAUAUCUGUGCCCAGGGAUAUGUAACGAGCAACAAAGACUCUGCUUUCACUCUGCUUUGUCACACAUGUGGAGAAUGGUUUGGUCAAGUCCAAGCCUGUGUCAAAGGUGAAACCGAGGGUCAUAUUGAUUAUGAGGAUAAUUUUCCUGAUGACCUAUCUAUGCCUAUUGAGGAACAGGAAGAAAAUAAUUCCAGAGAGACAGAGGAGAAGGAUCACAAACCAGAGAAAACCAUAGUUGGUGGUACCAAGACACAGCUUGCUGAUGGCAACCACAUUGGAUUGAAAACUAUAUAUAUUGAGCAGGGCUCCAAAUUGAUAUAUGAUGAUGAGGAUGUCCACAUUGGACCUUUACUUGUGAACAAUGGUACAGGAGCAACAAAAAGUACAGAUUCUAAAACAGAUGAAUCUUGGCUUGAUGGUUACCCUGUUACUCAAGAAGCAAUGGAAGAAGGGGAGGCAGAGGAGGAGGGGGAUAACAUUGAUGGAUCCUUGGGAAUGGAAGAUGACAUUACCAGUGACCGACCAAACCACACUGGCAUUGGGAAAUCAGGCAGUAGCAGCCUGGGAAAGGAUUUCAUGCCAAUUGGGGAGGUUCCAUCACUGACAUAUAAUACUGAUGGAAUACUUGGAAUGCCAGUAGCACUAACUCCAGUAAGUGCUCCAGAGAAUGUAAGUAUUAGCAACGGCUCUGAGAACAUCAUCAGGUAUGUCCCAACCACACCUAUGGAAUUUGUCACUCAGGGAUUGGCAUCAGUAGACACAGCCACUAGCUUGAUCUCAGCCACACUGGAGACUUCUUCGAUGCUCAGUCUCAUUGACCACAUCCUGUUGCCAGAGGAAGAAGAAAUGACAACAUUGCCCACUCAAGCUGUAACAACUGUGCCUUCUCAAAAUGUCUUUUCUGAGCCAUCUGCUGAUGAUUUAAUAGAGCGAGACAUUCUUAACUAUGGACUAGGAGGAAAGCUUCUGACCACUUUUGAACCAUGUGUUGGGACAGAGUGUUCCAGCUCAGACAAAGGCGCCAUGAUAGCCAUUGGGGUGACUGUGCUGUGCUUGCUAUUGCUGGCUGCUAUUUUUGCAAUGUGGUGCUUUAGGAAAAGGCAACAGAAGACUUCUGUUUAUAAACUGAAUGGGAAGGAUCAUCCUGGGCACCAGCUACAACAGAUUGAAAUGCAGAGAGUCUAAUCUAACAUGCAACAUUACUGGGGAGAAGGGGAAAACUGAACGACAAAUGCCCACUGCUAGCCACCAGUUCAAAAAACAAUAAGUGAAAACCUGUGUGUGGUUCAGCAGGGCUUGCAACUAUUUGAAAUCACAGCAUAAUAUAUUGAUCUUGGCGUUAAUUUAGGUAUCUCUUUUUAAAACUAUUCCAGUUCGUGAAGACUUCAGAGCUGAUUUAAAAAGAAGGCAGAUCAGUCAUCACAGGUGGAGAUUUCUUGUCAUGUAAAUUCAAUACCCAUCUUCGUGGCAAGCUGUAAGCUUUGACAGCUGCUGCCUUGAAUUGGUCUAUAAUAGGGUGGAAUGCACUUAACAGCAUCUUAAAAAAUUCUGAUAGUUACAUGAAACCAUAAAUGCAAUUUUUUUCCUUCUCCUGUGAUAAGCUGACUACCAGUGAUAUGUGUGAAAGAAACUUCAAAUAAAGCCAGGGCAGCAGAUGGGUGAAAAGAGGAGAGAAUUUAUUUGAACUAUUACAUUUGCCCUUUCUAAUGAAAGGAUACAUUAAGAGGUCACAUUUGAUGAGAAGGACUUGGAGUUUGAAUUAUUGACAUGCACAUUAGUGUGAAUUCCUCCCCUGAAGUCCCGGUUCAUUUAAAUGAGUUGUACUGGAGCAGUUCCAUCCUGCAGGUUGUAGAGAGGGAAUCACCAUGGACUCAUCAGUGGAAACACAACAUUAUUGGGAUAUUUGAAUUUUUUAAACUGUUAUUUCAAUGUAAUUUAAGGCAAAAAAAAGGGAAGAAGUGCCUUUUUAUAUUUGUGUGAGAUGUAUACACAGAAGAGAUAUUGUCUGAAUAGACCUGAGGUCAAUUGCAUUUGCUCCUCAGUAAAGUGUACCCAGGAUAUCAACCCUAAAGACUUUGUAUUGUACUAAACUUCAUUAAUCUCUAGAAAUAAACAACAAUUUCAAUACUCCUUUCAACCCUUUCAUAUCCUAUAGGAAAAUCUUCCUAAGGAGAUAGGCCUCAGCACUUUACCUGCAAAGUCCUCAAAGACUAUUAUUUCCCCAGUGACAAUGCUGUCUUCAUAAUGGAGUUGGGUG